CAGUGCGAAGCAAGCUUAUAAAUCCUUCAGUUCAAUGCAAGCAUGCUUAAACCCUACUCCGCCACUGCAUCGCUGAAGGAGCAAAAUGGAUUCGGCGAACGGAGCAAUGGCUGUGAGAGACCAAAACUUAACGGAAUGGCGCAUGCACCGUGGUCCCUACCUGGGAGACAUUUCAGCUCUGUGUUUUCUCCACCUUCCAAAUCUCUCUCUCCCUUUUCUGCUCGCGGGUUUGGGUUCAGAAAUUGCGGUCUAUGAUUUGGAACUGAGUAAGAGAAUAAGGUCCUUCUCCGUAUUCGAAGGAGUUCGCGUCCACGGAAUCGCUUCUAGUUUCCCUCGCGGGACCAUGAUUGCUGUGUUUGGGGAAACCAGAGUGAAGCUGUUUAGCUUCGAAUUUGAUGCCGUUUCCGGGAGCGCAGAGCUGACGCUAGCUCAUUUGUUGCCGAAGUUUGGUCACUGGGUUUUGGAUGUUUGCUUCCUCGAGGGAUGCUUACCUCAUUCCAAUGUGGAGGGUCAUUUUCUUGCUGUGGGAUGUAGUGAUAAUUCAGUUCAUGUUUGGGAUUUUUCUAACUCCAUGGCGGUCCUUAAGGUUCAAUCUCCAGUACGGUGCCUUCUGUACUCAAUGCGAUUAUGGGGUCACAAUCUUGAAGUUCUCCGAAUAGCUUCUGGUACUAUAUUUAAUGAGAUUAUUGUUUGGAAAGUGACCCAUCAACACAAUAAAUCUUCAAGUCAUCAAGAAAACCAUGAUCAACAGAGCAUUUCAUCUUCUGUUUGCUGCCAGCUAAAGGAUAAACUGUUUGAGGCUACUCAUAUAUGUAAACUUAUUGGACAUGAAGGUUCAAUCUUCCGAAUAGCAUGGUCAUCUUGUGGAUCUAAACUGGUAUCUGUCUCUGAUGACCGGAGUGCACGUGUUUGGGCUGUUUCUAUUGAAGGGGAGCAUGCAUUGUGCCACAAUUCCACUGCCCUUGUCUUAUUUGGACAUAAUGCUCGGGUUUGGGACUGCUCUAUUUCUGAUAAUUUGUUUGUCACUGUUAGUGAGGAUUGUACAUGUCGUAUUUGGGGAGUGGACGGUAAACAACUGCAAGUCAUUAAGGAGCACAUUGGAAGAGGUAUAUGGAGAUGUUUGUAUGACCCAAAUUCAUCACUGCUUAUAACUGCUGGGUUUGACUCUGCUAUUAAAGUACAUCAACCUCAUGCAUCUCUGCCCAUGGGCUUGGAAGCAGUACAAGGAUCCCCUUGUAGUACAGAGUUGUUUUCGAUUUGCACACCUAAUGUGUCAGAGCAUAUUGGAUUUAUGGACAGCAAGAGUGAAUAUGUUCGAUGUUUGCGCUUUUCCUGUCAGGAUUCUCUUUAUGUUGCCACCAAUCAGGGUUAUCUCUACCAUGCUAAAUUAUGUGAUACUGGAGGUGCUCAGUGGAAUCAACUUGUCCAGGUCAGCAAUGGGGCACCAAUUAUCUGUAUGGAUUUAUUGUCCAAGAACUCUGUUGAACAUGACUGUGGUGCUGAGGAUUGGAUUGCUAUCGGAGAUGGUAAAGGAAAUAUGACAAUUAUUGAGGUUACCAAGGAUGAUUGCACUCCUACAGUGAGAUUGUGCUUUACUUGGCCAGCUGAAACGGAGAGACAGCUCUUGGGUACUUAUUGGUGCAAAUCUCUGGGAUGUAGGUAUGUCUUCACAGCUGAUCCUAGAGGAACAUUGAAACUUUGGAGAUUGCCUGACCCUUCACAAUCUGAUCUUCAGAGCUCCACGAGCAGUAACAAAUUAUCACUUAUAGCAGAGUUCAUAUCAAAUUAUGGAAUGCGGAUAAUGUGUUUGGAUGCAUGCAUGGAGGAAGAGGUUUUAGCAUGUGGUGAUGUGCGGGGUAAUAUGGUUUUGUUCCCUUUGCUAAAGAAUCUGGUCCUGAGCAUAUCUGGUGCAGAAGAAAGGAAGAUACCUCCAGUAAAUAAUUUCAAAGGAGUUCAUGGGAUUUCAAGUGUCUCCAGUGUUUCUGUGACUAAGCUUGGUUAUAAUCAGAUAGAGAUACGCUCAACCGGAGCAGAUGGUUGCAUAUGUUAUCUGGAAUAUGACAAAGAAAUGCAUAAUUUGCAAUUUACGGGAAUGAAACAAGUUAAAGAAUUGUCUUUGAUUGAGUAUGUUUCUGUGGAUAACAAGUCUGGUGAUAGAUUGUCAAGCAGCUAUGCAGCUGGUUUUGCAUCUGUGGAUUUCAUAGUAUGGAACUUAGUGAACGAAAAUAAGGUGGUGAACAUUCCAUGUGGUGGAUGGCGACGUCCUCAUUCCUAUUAUUUGGGUGAUAUACCAGAGAUGAAGAACUGCUUUGCCUUUGUCAAGGAUGAAUUGAUACAUAUACAUAGACACUGGAUUCAUAAUAGAGAUGGGAAGGUUUACCCUCAAAAUUUACACACGCAAUUCCAUGGUAGAGAAAUACAUUCCUUGUGCUUUAUCUCUGAAGAUGUCGUAAUUGGAGAUAAUUUCAAGUGCACCUUAUUUUCUAAAUCAAGUUGGAUUGCAACUGGAUGUGAGGAUGGAACUGUGAGGUUGACUUGGUACUCUCCAGGCACUGAAAAUUGGUCCAUGUCAAAACUGCUUGGAGAACAUGUUGGAGGGUCAGCAGUGAGAUCAAUUUGUUGUGUGUCGAAAGUACACACAAUUUCAUCAGAUAUGGGUGAUGUACCUGAUGGGAGGAUUGAACUGAAUGCUGCGGUUGAGAAAAAGGAUAAUCCAACAUUACUCAUAUCAGUGGGUGCAAAGCGUGUCUUAACCUCUUGGUUAUUAAAAAAUACUGGGCUGGACAUAAAAAAUGAUUUCAUAAUCAAUCAUCAACACAAAUCAGGAGAUGAUGACUGUUUUUUGUCAAGUUUGUCUUCGUCAAUGACGUUCCAGUGGCUGUCCACUGAUAUGCCAGCCAAAUAUUCAAUUACACACAAAAGUAAUGUGCAGAAGAUAGCUGGUGUUGCAGAAAAUGUUCCUCAUACAAAUAAUGAUGCUGGAAUGAUUUCUGAGAGUGGAAUGGCAAACUUGAUCAGAGAUAAACAUGAAGAUGACUGGAGAUAUCUUGCAGUCACAGCUUUUCUUGUUAGAUGUUUCGGUUCCAGGAUAUCUGUUUGUUUUGUUGUUGUUGCAUGUUCAGAUGCCACACUUAUGUUACGGGCUUUAGUUUUACCAUUUCGCUUGUGGUUUGAUGUCGCUUUACUAGUUCCUUUAUUGGCACCAGUUUUGUCAUUGCAGCAUAUCAUAUUUCCCCUGUGUAGGCCUUGUAAAGAAAACAUCCAAGCUGGAAAUGUUUAUAUUGUGAUUAGUGGGUCUACUGAUGGCAGUGUUGCUUUUUGGGACCUAACUGACAGUGUUGAAGCUUUUAUGCAACGGGUUUCAGUUUGUAAUGUUGAAAAGCUUUUUGAUUGUCAAAAGCGACCACGCACGGGGAGAGGAAGUCAGGGUGGUAGACAGUGGAGGUCAUUACGCAGAGACUUGUCAAAGAAAAGACAAGAAAGCAGUCUGGUCACUUUGAAAGCCAAAGAGAAGACCGAAAAGGGGGUGCCAAGUGAUUCUGAAGGCAGCAGGACGGGUUGUUCUCAAUCCACACAUAUGGCUCUCCUGGAGUUAGAAAGCAAGACUGAUAAUUCCUCGAUAGAAAUAUGUGAAAUACAACCUCUAUUCCUGCAAAAUAUUCACCAAUCUGGUGUCAAUUGUCUCCAUGUUUCAGAGAUAAAGAGUGGGCAAAAUACUGACUGUUGUGAAAUGUACAGCAUAGUUAGUGGGGGUGAUGAUCAAGCACUUAAUCAUCUAAUGGUUGAAUUAUCACCUAAAUCAAUAAAUUUAAAUGACGGGAUUUUGUGCCCUGAGAUCACUCAUAUUGCCUCUGUGCCUGAAUAUGGAAAGGACUUCAACGUUAAAAAUAUGAGCAAGAAAUUUAAGAUUAGAUUCUUAAAUAACGAAAAAUUACCCUCUGCCCACAGUGCUUCCGUCAAAGGUGUCUGGACAGACGGAUCCUGGGUGUUUUCCACUGGACUUGAUCAGCGGGUCAGAUGCUGGCGUCUUCAGCGAAGUAAACUAAUAGAGUAUUCAUAUCUAAUAGUUAGUGUUCCAGAGCCAGAAGCGUUAUCUGCUAGGGCUUGUGGCAGGAAUCGAUAUCAAAUUGCUGUUGCGGGAAGAGGAAUGCAAAUAAUUGAUUUUUCUGAAUCUUGAAACAAGAUUGAUGACUGAUGUGAAGAUGUUGGCAGAAUGGUUGCUCCAUGUACCUGAAAAGUGAAUUUAUUCGUACGAAGUGUAGCUAUUGAUUUUUGUUUGCUCACACUCGGGAUAUCUCCCAGCCAACAGUGCAGUCUGUGAGGUUAUAUUUUCUGCAUUUAGCCAAGGGACCAUUAUUGCUAGUAUUGGAUUUAUGCGCCUCAUUCGCACAAACACAGCCCUACUCCGUCUUGGAGCUUAGGUUCUGCAAAUGCCUCUGUAUCGAGUCCCAAGGGUCGAAGUUGUCACCUGGAUACAAGGGGGAAACUAGUCAAGGGUACACCUGACUGACCAACAAUGACUCGAGUUGCACGGAAAGUUUGCUCAUUGCACUAGACAUUGAACUUGUGUUUUCUUAAAGAGGAAAUUAAACAGGUGCCGCUGGUUCUCAAUUUAACUAUCAAUUUGUCGGUGUAAUGUACCUUAUAAAUGCAUUUUCAAUGUUAU